AAACAUACUUCGUGGCCCACAGCUAGUAGUUGACUAGUUGCAAAGAAGCUGGGGCUCCGACCCAUGACGGCAGGCCUUGCCGCGUGAAUCUCGUGAUGAAUUUCUUGGACAAUUCACUCGAGCUCAAGGAGAUUCAGAGGCUCGAAGGCCACAGCGACAGGGUCUGGAAUGUCGCAUGGAAACCGGCAACCGGAACUGGCGGCGUACCCGCAGUACUCGCCUCCUGCAGCGGCGACAAAACCGUUCGUAUUUGGGAACAGAGUUCUCCAUCUGGUUCUUUCCACUGCAAGGCAGUUCUAGAUGAAACUCACACUAGAACAGUCAGAUGCUGUGCAUGGUCUCCAUCGGGCAAAUUUCUGGCAACUGCAAGUUUUGAUGGCACUACUGGUAUAUGGGAACACAUGGGAGAUGAUUUUGAAUGUGUCUCUACCUUAGAGGGUCAUGAGAAUGAAGUAAAAAGCGUCUCGUGGAAUGCAUCUGGCACGCUACUUGCAACUUGUGGACGAGACAAAUCAGUUUGGAUAUGGGAAGUUCAGCCUGGCAAUGAAUAUGAAUGUGUUUCUGUGCUCCAAGCUCAUACACAAGAUGUUAAAAUGGUCCGAUGGCAUCCUUGUGUGGAUAUCUUGUUUUCAUGCAGUUAUGAUAACACUAUCAAGGUUUGGGCAGAUGAAGGUGAUAGUGAUGAUUGGCAUUGCAUUCAAACCUUAGCUGAAUCUAACAGCGGUCAUAAGUCAACAGUUUGGGCUCUAUCUUUUAAUGCCAGUGGAGAUCGAAUGGUUACAUGUAGCGAUGACCUUUCCCUGAAGAUAUGGACAACAGACGUAGAAAAAAUGAUGUCUGGUGAUCUAAACACACCUUGGAGGCACAUUAGUACUGUCACUGGGUAUCAUGACAGAACAGUUUUUUCUGUACAUUGGUCAAGUGAAGGAAUAAUUGCCAGUGGAGCGUCUGAUGAUGCUAUACGCUUAUUUGUUGAGAAUGACAGCACAGUGGUAGAUGGACCUGCAUACAGCUUACUUUUAAAGAAGGAGAAGGCCCAUGAGAUGGAUGUAAAUGCUGUGCAAUGGAACACUGGGGAUAAAAGGCUACUUGCUUCGGCAAGCGAUGAUGAGACGAUCAAAAUAUGGGAAUUGGCUCCUCAGUCUGGAUGAUAAACAACCUACCAUUGUAACUUUAUUAUAACCUGAUAUUCGGUUUUUAGAGGCUCUCUUUUCAUUGGUUUAUAAGUAGUGGCUUGCUUUGCCAACUUUUUUCCAGCCGCUAUUUUUUCUUUUAUACUACGUACCAAAUAUUGUUAUUUACUCUACUUCCUCCACCAGUACAGAUAGAAAAAGGUCGUGCAUAGUUACUCUCGUUGCUGAAAUAUUUGCAAGGAAAAGAUGACUUCCUAAUUUUUUUUCUUAUAAAUAACUGUGAAUCCCAUA